AUGCUUGAGGACCGAUUGCACAAGCGCUUGGAAAAGAGCAUUAAACCAUUAAAAGACUCCAUCAAAGAAGGUCAAACAUUGGUCAGAUGGGUUAUGGGGACUUUUGGCAUUGGGGUACGUCAUCACUGGCAGUCGAUUUUUGCUAAACUGUGUGAGCCCUCAGCCAGGCAUCACGGGUCUUGGCAGAAACAACCCCUGCCGUUAACUAUUGCAGUCUCCAAUGUGGGCCAUGAUGAAUACCAGGUCGUGACGAACAGGGAUUUUUUAUUACCCUACUUUGACAGUUGCACUUUUUUUUUGCCUGCCAAAUACCCCUGUAUGGCCUCAUAUUCGUCAUGGCCCAUUGGAGACUGUAGUAGCCCAAGCCAUGCCACACCUCGCCGAGGGCUUACACGGUCUACAUGACCUUAGGCUAAACAGAUUGACCAGAUUUUAUUGAAACUCGUCUUCUACGACCACCACAUUGAGGAAAAGGGCAUGAAAAGGCAGGCCGAGACGGAGGCGAGGCUCACCAAAACGCAGGCCGAGAUGGAGGAGAGGUUCGUCAAAACAAUACAAAAUUCUAUAACCCAGCUCAAACUAGAGUUGAAGCUUGAGCACCAAGCAAAAACUGUGCCUGACAGUGGCCAGGGCUGGUGGGGUUAA